GCUUUGUAUUCAAUUUUCCAUUGUAUUAAUUUUCACCUGAAAAUGUUCAUCUCCUUUGGUGUUUAAGUUUACAAUGAAAAAAAUGCUGUAUCCUUUUCCCACUUUCCCCCCCCCCUCCCGUAUCAUAUCACUAACCACUUGGCACUAUUCCUUGUCUCUAAUCUCACCUCCGAAGUCUUUCCUUAAAACAAAUUAGUAUGGUAAAUCAAAACAAAUUUACACUUUGGUCAUCCCUCAGUAUAGUAUAGCAUCUCUGCCCAGAGGUGGUCCAAUUGGGACUACACUUCCCAGAAUCCAUAGAGGCAACAUCAAUUUCCCAGAAUCUAUUUCCGAGCCUGCUUAGAGCAGAGAGCCCCCGAAGCCCUUGGGAAAUGAAGUCUGGACGGAGGAAGCGGAAGAGGCCUGAAGAAGUCUGAGGGUAGUUGGCCUGCGAGAGUGGGCGCAGGCGCAGUUCUGCUUCGGACUUCACUCCUAGGAUUUUGGACCACCCUUGAUGUGGAGGGGCCUGUUUUUAAGAUGCCUCAGGAAACUGCCCUUUAAUGUGGAGUUAUCUGAACCUAUGGGUACACUGGAUCUGUUAUCACACAGGUUAAAAUAAUGGAUUAAAAAAAAGUUACUCUCAGAACAAGGCGUCACACCAAGGAUUAUGUCACUGGAAGUAGUAUUAUAUGUGAGCAACACUGCACUUUGCGGCGCCACCAUAUACAGUACUCCAGGAACAGGAUGCAGACUGUGCUCUUCUCAUUGACCACCAAUGAAAGAGCCCUGUAUCUCAGGACUUUGACUUUCUCCUCGAGGGUCAUACAGAAAAAGAAAUGGCUUCUGUGCUGCCAACAGCCCGGUCCCAGGAAUCCGUGACCUUCAAGGAUGUGGCUGUGAACUUCACCCAAGAGGAGUGGCAGCAACUGAACCCUGCUCAGAGGGACCUCUACAGAGAUGUGAUGUUGGAGAACUACAGAAACCUCAUCUCACUGGGGUUCCCAAUUGCUAAACCUGCUGUGAUCUUCCAAUUGGAGCAAGGUGAAGAGCCAUGGAUACAUGAGCUACAAAGAAUUGAAGAGAGAGAGGUCUCAAAAAAUACCUAUUUGGGUAAGGAGAGUAAACCUGAGGCCCAGGGAUCAACUCCAAAGCAGAAGAUUUCUGAAGAAGUAGAAUCAUCAGGAAUGUUAAUGGAAAGAUUCACAAGAGAAGUCCCUGUUUCUGAGGAUAAACUGGAAAGGCAGAGAGAACAUUCUGAAAGGAAUAUAAGGAGAAAAUCUGUUUUCAAUAAGAGAAAUCUCAAGAAAAUGGUAAAAAAUGACCAAAAAAAUCCCAAUAAGGAGAGAAGCCCUGAAUGUAAUAUUUGUGGGAAAACCUUCAGACACAGAAGUAGUCUUCGGAGACAUCAGAUUACUCACACAGGAGAAAGGCCCUAUGAAUGUAAUGAAUGUGGGAAAGCUUUCUUUGAUUGUUCAUCCCUUACUAUACAUGAAAGAAUUCAUACUGGAGAGAAGCCCUAUGAAUGUGAUGAAUGUGGGAAAGCUUUCUUUAACUGCUCAAAUCUUACCAGACAUCAGAGAAUUCAUACUGGAGAGAGUCCCUAUAAAUGUAAUGAAUGUGGUAAAGCCUUCAGACAUAGUAGUAGCCUUAGGAGACAUCAAAUGACUCACACAGGACAAAGACCCUAUGAAUGUAAUGAGUGUGGGAAAGCUUUCUUUGACCGUUCAACUCUUAUCAUACAUGAGAGAAUUCAUACUGGAGAGAAGCCCUACGAAUGUGAGGAAUGUGGGAAAGCCUUCUUUGACAGAUCGUCCCUUACUCAACAUCAGAAAAUUCACAGUAAAGAGAAGCUCUAUGAAUGCAGUGAAUGUGGGAAAGCCUUCAAUUUGAGAAGGCACCUUAACCGACAUCAAAUAACUCAUACUGGAGAAAAACCUUAUGAAUGUAGUGUAUGUGGGAAAGUUUUCAGUCGCAAGUCAUCUGUUAUCCAGCAUCAGCGACGUUAUGCCAAAGAAUAAUCCUAGGAAUAUCAUGGAUUGAGGGAAAAUUUGUCAGACUUGUCACUUUAUUAAAUGCUUGAGUCAAGGUGGGACAACAGACCCCAUUAAAAACUUGAUGUUGCCCUUCCCUAACUGAAAUAAACCUGCUGUUCAAGCCUAUUAACAUUUCA